AUGGAAUCCACUCGCGAUGAGUCGAGAGGAGCGAAAGUAUGGCUCGUCACUGGUUGUUCCAGUGGAUUUGGUGAAUGCCUUGUCCCUGCGAUACUCGCCCGCGGGGACAAAGUGAUUGCUACAGCUCGUCAGAUAUCGGACUUGGAAUAUCUAAGGGAUGUCAAAAAUGUCGAGGCUAUUCAGCUUGAUGUUACCGCGCCAAACGAGGUCCUUUGCAGCAAGGUGGAAGAAGCCAUCGCCAAAUUCGGAACCAUCGAUGUCCUUGUGAAUAACGCGGGAUACGUUUUGUCGGGUGUCUUGGAAGAGCUAAGCUGUGAAGAUGUCAAGCGCCAGUUCGACACCAACUUUUUCGGUGCCCUAAACUUGACCAGGGCCGUUCUUCCUAUUAUGCGCGCCAAAAGAACCGGUACUGUCUUGUUUAUGGGAAGCAUAGCUGGAUGGCACGCAGUGGCUGCGGGUGGUGCUUAUAGUGCUUCGAAGUUUGCACUGGAAGGGGCAGUUGAGUCUCUUGCAAAGGAGGUGCAACCAAUUGGUAUCCGCGUCCACAUCUUUGUGUUAGGCCAGUUCCGCACAAAAAUCCUUGAUGCGAAGAACAAGAAAGGGAAACUUAAUGCCGAUGUUGGCAUUCAGGAGUACGCAGAGAUUAAAAAACGGAUAGAUGAUAUUCAUGCAGUUACACAAGCCGCGCAACCAGGAGACCCAUUAUUGGCAGUGGAGAGAAUAGUGGAUAUCGCGAGGCUCGAGAAUCUCGCAGAACAGCAAGCCACUAGCUUGCCAUUGCGUAUCGCUCUUGGGUCUGACGCGGUAGACACUAUGAAACGGAAAUGUCUGGAAACCCUGGAAACUCUUCAGAAUUGGGACAGUUUCAGCUGCAGCACCGAUUUCUCUGAUGCAAAAGCUUUGCCUGGGUACUAUAGAUGA